GGAUUUUACCGUCAACACAACACCUCCAGGUAAACUAAACUUGUCGGAUCUAUUCUCUUAGCCCAUCGAUACUGUCCAACACAACAUCCUCCAGGGGCAAAUCUCUACAGCUACAUCUCGCAGCCUUUGAAGGAGUCAUGAACGUGAACCAGGGGACGGUGGGCAGCGACCCGGUCAUUUUGGCCACGGCGGGAUACGACCACACGGUCCGGUUCUGGCAGGCCCACAGCGGGAUCUGCACCAGGACGGUGCAGCACCAGGACUCUCAGGUAAACUCUCUGGAGGUCACACCUGACAGGAGUAUGAUUGCAGCUGCAGGUUACCAGCACAUCCGCAUGUACGACCUGAACUCCAACAACCCCAACCCGGUGAUCAACUACGACGGCGUCAGCAAGAACAUCACGUCUGUGGGCUUCCACGAAGACGGCCGCUGGAUGUACACGGGGGGGGAGGACUGCAUGGCUCGCAUAUGGGACCUCAGGUCCAGGAACCUGCAGUGUCAGAGGAUAUUCCAGGUCAACGCUCCCAUCAACUGCGUGUGCCUGCAUCCCAACCAGGCGGAGCUGAUUGUUGGAGACCAGAGUGGAGUGAUCCACAUCUGGGACCUGAAGACGGACCACAACGAGCAGCUGAUUCCCGAGCCGGAGGUCUCGGUCAACUCCGUUCACAUCGAUGCAGACGCCAGUUACAUGGCGGCGGUCAACAGCUCGGGAAACUGCUACGUGUGGAACCUGGCGGGGGGGAUCGGCGACGAGGUGACUCAGCUCAUCCCCAAGACGAAGAUCCCCGCACACAAGCGCUACUCCCUCCGCUGCAAGUUCAGCCCCGACUCCACGCUGUUGGCCACCUGCUCGGCGGACCAGACCUGCAAGAUCUGGAGGACGUCCAACUUCUCGCUGAUGACGGAGCUGAGCAUCAAGAGUAACAAUCCCGGAGAGACGUCCAGGGGCUGGAUGUGGGACUGCGCCUUCUCCGGAGACUCCCAGUACAUCGUCACGGCCUCCUCGGACAACCUGGCCCGCCUGUGGUGUGUGGAGACGGGGGAGAUCAAGAGGGAGUACAGCGGCCACCAGAAGGCCGUGGUGUGUCUGGCCUUCAACGACAGCGUGCUGGGCUGAAGGACGAGGACGGAGAAGCAGGGGACGCGCUGGAAGUUGGGCCUGAACGGGGGAAUUCUGAGACCCGUUUGAGCGUCCCGAUGGAUCUCAGUGCUCUCAUGCAGCAAGGCCCAAACUCAGCAGUCUGCACCAAAUGUUCUUGGUGGUUGGUGAGAACUUCUGGACCAACAGUGUAGGUGUUGGAGAGUGGGAUUGUAACAUGUUCGCCUUCUUUACUGAACUUAGUUUUUUAACUUCACCCCUCUGUGCACAAAAGGAGGUCCUUUUCCACUCUUCCUACCGUAUUUAUUGAAUCUAAAGGACCAGACGUUUCACUUUAACUCUGCUUCACCUCAUGUGGGAUGUAAUGCUAAAGUUAAGUUGUGCUACUCAGUGAUCA